ACAAAGAGCUCCCUCACAACAAUUCCCCUGAAUAGGUUGCUUCAUUGUGUAGAAACCUUGCCAUACUGCAGUAAGAAGAUAUGAAGAGAAGAAAAUCAGCUCAAUUGUUUCUGCUGGCUCUUGGUGAUAUGGAUAUCAAGCCUGACUGUUGUUAAGAGGGCAACAAAAAACAGAAAAAGACCUUCAACUAAAACUUUACACUUUAUGCUGAAAGAACCUUUUUAUUUCAGAAAAUGAGUACUCCUGCAACACAGCUUCCAGCUAUCAGUUCCACCAGCCUGUUUACAAAUCCAUAUGCUGUUGAAGUACUAAAGAUGAAAAAACAAGAGCUCGUUGAAGGGAUCAAGGAUCCAGACACACUCCUACAGAGCCUCAUAGAUAAUGGCAUUAUGUUGUCAGAUAAAAAAAUGGUUUUGUCCUAUUACAAAACAAAGACAGAGAAGAAUUCCAGACUGAUAGACAUUCUCUUAUCAACAGGUGAGAGAGCUUGUCGUCUUUUUUUCCAUCCUUGCCUGAAACAAGUAGAACCUAGUUUGUACAACAGUGUGAAAAAUUAUGUCAGCACUGUGAAUGAUUCUGUUGGAGAUGGAAGGAGGCAGUUGGUGGGUUAUUUGCUUGAAAGAGAUAAAGAUGUCCCUAAGACCAUUAUUAAGGAUAGACCUCACAAAGCUCAGCAGAGAGAGAGCCUACCAAAGAAAGUGAAGGCUCUGGAUGAAAAACCGAGUUACUCAGAAAAAGAAAAGAAAAGUGUUCCCCAACAAAUAUCCAAAGAUGUUAAAAGAACUGAUUCAUCCUCUAUGACUGUUUUUGAUGCUGUUACAAAAGGAGAUUUGUCCAUUUUGAGGAAUAUAUUAAGAGAUACUGAUAUUAAUGCUGUAAAUCCAUCCGGUGAAACUCUUCUGCAUAUAGCGGCAGCUAGUGGUCAUGUUGCUGUUAUUGAAUACUUGAUUAACAAAGGUGCUAAAAUAGACUGUAAAGAUAUAAAACACAGAACACCACUGCACAGGGCUGCAGAAAAUGGACAUGGAGAGGCUGUAAAGGUUCUAUUGCGCGCUGGAGCUUUCAUUUACUCAUUAGAUGAUGACUCCCUAACACCUCUGCACUUGGCGGCAGAGAACAACCAUCAGAAUGUAGUAAAGAUCCUUCUACAGGAAGAAGGGAGGCAAUACAAAAAUAGGCACAAUUUUAUACACAUGGCCGCUACUCAAGGGAAUAACAAGUUGAUGCAACUUCUAUUAAAAAAUAAAGCACCAGUUGAUGCUGUGGAUGAAAAAUCACAGACAGCUUUGCUUUAUGCAGUUUCUGGUGGGCAUUUAAAGACUGUAAAGAUGUUGCUGGAAGCUGGUGCCAGCAUUGAUUCUAGUAUUAUUGAUGCAGCAUUUGCCACAAACAAUGAGCGUAUCUUUGGCUUAUUACUGGAAUACUCCAAAGGAUUGUCUCCAGAUACUAUGGUAUCAGCUGUGUUUAAAGCUGUCCCGUUGAAUCUCUAUGGAAUUAUCAAUGCUUUGAUUGAUAAAGGUACCAAUAUUAAUGCCACAAAUGACAUACAGUACACACCUUUGCUUCUAGCUGCAGAAUUAGGAAAAACAGAAUCUGCCCAGGCUCUUAUUGAAAAAGGUGCACAGCUUGAUGUUAGAACACCAAAUAUGAGCACUGCUUUGCAUCUGGCAGUUCAAGGUGGAGAUGCAUCAAUUACAAAAUUGCUCAUAAGGAAGGGAAUAAAUAUUAAUAUUGCUGGCCCUGGAGACCAAACCCCACUUCAUGUAGCUGCUUUUCAUAACAAACAAGAGCUGGCUGAUAUUCUAAUUGCAGCUGGGGCCAAUGUGAACGUUGUCACCAAGGAAUUAUUCACUCCUUUGCAUAUUGCGAGCCAGAGGGGAAACCUUCAUGUUGCACAGAGCCUUUUACAUCACAAAGCUAAUGUCAAUGCUAAAGAUAAGCAAUCAAGGACACCAUUACAUCUUGCAGCUGAGGGAGGUGCAUAUGAGUUGGUACAGUUGCUUCUCAAUAACAAAGCUGACCCUAAUUCAACUGAAAAAGACAAAAAGACACCACUACACAUUGCUGCAGCAGCUGGACAUAUUGAAAUUGUGAAUGUCAUGUUAAAAGGUCAAGCCAGAUGUGCAGUGAAGGACAUGGAUGGUUGUACUCCUAUGCACUAUGCUGCAGCUACAGGCAGCAGCGAAAUUGCUAAAGCCCUUCUGAAAGCAGGAAAAAAUAAAAAUGUGGAUGAAAAAAAUGUAUGGAGGAAAACUCCUUUACAUUUAGCAGCAGAACAUGGGCACAGUGAUUUGAUCAAUUUGCUUUUGCAAAAUGGAGCAGCCAUUAAUGCCCUGGACAACAACAGAGAUACACCACUCCACUGUGCCUGCAAAGCGGGACACCUGAGUUCAGUUCAAACCCUGGUUAGCUGGGUACAGGGGGAGAAAGCAAACUUACAAGCCACCAAUGGCCUUAAAAAGACUCCUCUCCAGGUUGCUGAGUCUAGCUCUAGUGAUGCUCACCAGCAUAUUGCUACUUUACUGAAAAAGAAAAUGCUAAUAAUUAGGUAGAAAAUAUUGGGCGUAUUUCAAAUUUUUCAUUCAUGUGUUUUAUUUCAUCCAUGUGUACAAAUCUUACACAGAGAUGCAAAAUUCUCUAGAAUGAAACAACUCUGCACUCAUUACUGUGGACUUUUGGUGAAAAAAAUAUUGCCGUAUCAGUAUGUGUAGCUGCAGUAUUCUUUUUCUUUUUAUUGUUGUAGUUAAAGUAAUUACUAUAAGUAUGACAAGGAAGCGAAGUGGACAACAAUUGUUUAGCUGAACGAACUGUAUACAAUAUCCUAGUUCCUGGCUGCUUAGUAAAUAGCUGGAAAACCAGUUCUACAGAUUUUUUAAUAACACAUUUCAGAACCUAGUUUGGAAAGGUUACUUUCAUUCUAAAAGUCUGUGAUAUAAUGAUCUUUAUUUAGAAGAAAAUAUAUUUUAAAACAAAUAUAUUUUAUAGACGAAAAAUGUAUUGUUACAUUAAAAAAUCAUAGUUUGUGCAUGUUUUCUAUGGUUAAGGAUUACACCCUGACUUGUGGUAAUAUGGAGUACACUUUUUGGAUACAUACAUGCACAGUAUAUACAGUAUUAGUAUGUAUGUAUAUAUAUAUAUAUAUAUAGUUGUUUAUAUCUAAAGGGGUUAUUACCUGUAAUUAACAGGUAAAAUUGGUAGCACUUGUAACAGACAACCAGCAUGAAUCAUAUACUGGUCACCUGUUUAAAAGCAAUCAUGAUAGAUUAUUGACUGUUACUAGACCUAGAGCCAAACAUUGCUUCUUUUAUUACAUUAGUCAAUCUGUGUUAGUGAGUCGCUUACAGCAAUUGCACUCUGGGCUAUUUUGAGAGUUUUAUUUCCUCUGCGUGGUAAUUAAUAGCAUGGAAGAUGGGGAAAAAUGCUUAAAGUCACCCCAUUCAGUUCUGUGGCAAUUGCCUGCAGUUGUACCUGUCGCUCGACUACCUAAUAUGCUACUGUUUUUUUCAAAACAACAAUUACCCGACAAGUGUCUGCUGACAUGCAUACAGGCGAUUGCCAUAAAAACGGAAUGAGGCAUGAUUUGGUGCAUUUUGUGCCUGCCUCCCGAGCUGUCAAUUGCUAUGGGUGACAAAAACUCUAAGUAAUUAUAAAAAUAAUUAAAAUUGCCUUUUGUGCCUUUGCCUUUAUGGGUUAUGAAAUUAAAAACAAUUAGCCACACUAUUACAUAACUAUUGCACUUUCAAAUCCCACAUAUAGUAGUGUCUUUUUCCUUCACAACCUGCUGGUGUGAAGUAUAACCAGGCCAGGGUUCUGGAAGGUGUAGCUCACAAUUGCAAAUAAUGUAAAGUCUGCCACAAUGCCUCAGGACAAAUCCCUGUGCAUGCAGUUAAGCUGCCCUUUACAUGUACUGGAAAUGCAGGAGUGCUGGAAGUUGAAAUAACAAAUCAGGUGUGUCAAACCCUCUGCCACCAAGCUGUUGUUUAACUACAACUACCACAAUACCCCUACAACCUUCAGUUUUUACUACACUUAAACUACAUUUAAAUGAAAGGGGCAAGGGUCAUCUCUGUUGUAUAUAAUAAAAAUGUAUAUAACAUG